AUGAGCCAGAUUUACAGCGAUUCGGUGGUAAUCGCGCCGCAGGGUUCACGCCCAUCUGCAGAUAUGACUAGUCAGAUUUUCAUCCGCGACUAUCCUCACCGCGCGGUCGCAAUCGCAUCCGGCUCGCACACCCUGAUCUUGCGUCACAGCCCAGCAACGAGCGAAGCUUCUUCCAACGGCAGCCUCGCUUCUUCUGGGCGCCAGCGCUCAGGAAGUUCCGGUAGUGUAUCUUCAAAAUGCAUGGUCGAGUUCACACCAACUUCAAAGCGACUACUGGAGGACUAUCGCCCGCUCACACCGCGCCCCAUCUAUGGAACGCUGGGACUCAUUUCCACAGGACGUGAUGUCUUUCUCUGUGUGAUUACGCAGGCAUCUCGUGCUGCAACCCUUCGGCCAGGGGAAACGGUGCAGAGAAUCGAAGCUGUGGAGUUCUUUUGCUUGAAUUCGGCCGAGUACGACGACGUCCCCACGGAUCCUUAUGACCUCGACUCGGACAUCGCUGUCCAUACCGGCCAAGGGUUUGGCCGGAGAGAUGGGCUGGAUCACCCAUGCCAAGAACUACAGAAGCUCUUGGGCAAUGGGACAUUCUAUUACAGCACCGACUUUGACGUGACAAAUCGCAUGCAGGAUAGGCCAGUUGAUGCCACAGAAUUCGAUCUUGAUAACUUCGAUGAGUCCUUUCUAUGGAAUUCCUUUAUGAUCCGCCCCCUUAUCCAGUUCCGGUCCCGACUACAACGGCAUGAAAGGGAAGUCCUUGAUGCAUCAAGGAUUCUCACUUGUGCAAUUCGCGGUUUCUGCAAGACUAUUCCCAUCCCCCAGGCUAUGGCGCCCUUGAGCACUUCCCGCUCUGGACUGCCCUCAUACUUAACGGUCAUAUCGCGUCUCUCAUGCAAGAGGGCCGGCACGAGGUUCAACUCGCGCGGUAUUGAUGAUGAUGGAAAUGUUGCCAACUUUGUUGAAACAGAAACGAUCUAUUGGAGCCCAUCAGGAGUUGUUUUCUCCUAUGUCCAAGUUCGCGGGUCGGUCCCCGUGUUCUGGGAACAGUCUGCUGGCCUGCUGCCUGGUCAACAGAAAAUCACCAUCACUCGAUCCCCAGAUGGUACCCAGCCAGCAUUUGACAAGCAUUUCUAUGGUCUGGAACAGGCAUACGGCGCUGUGCAUGUGAUUAAUCUCCUGAGCGCCACAAAGCCAUGGGAGCUUGAACUUACCGAGCUCUAUCGACUUGGCAUCAGAAACUGUCCACUUAGUCAUCCUGGUGGGAACAAGUCUAAAGACCACGCCUUGCUGAGAGACACUGAAUAUGACUUUCAUGCAGAGACAAAAGGCCCUCAGGGUUACGUAGCAGCUAAUGAAAUCCGCCGAUAUAUUGAAGACUCGGCCGACGGUUUUGCGUACUAUCUGGCCGAAGAAUCAGAUGAGGCACAACCCGACUGUCAGGGCGAGCGCAGAUACGUUGUCAUUUUGCAACAAGAGGGUGUCUUCCGGACCAACUGCCUCGAUUGCCUGGACAGAACAAACUUGAUUCAAACAAUAAUCUCUCAGAUGGCUGUUGAAUCUUUUCUUGGUCACCGGGGCGAGCACGCCCUCUCAGAUUUCUGGUCUAGGCAUGGUAGCUUGUGGGCUGAUAACGGUGAUGCUUUGUCUAAGAUAUAUGCUGGCACCGGCGCCCUCAAGUCUUCGUUCACAAGGACUGGCAAAAUGUCUCUUGCCGGCGCAAUUGCGGAUGUGCGCAAGUCUGCUACAAGGCUCUAUAUCAACAACUUUGCCGAUAAAGCCCGACAAAACACCAUCGACACACUCCUUGGCAGGCUGGUAGGCCAGUCACCCGUGAUUGUCUAUGAUCCUAUCAGCGACUAUGUUGCUGGCGAGCUGCAGCGGCGAAGCCAUGAGUUCUCUUCAAAUCAAAAGAUCCACAUCUUCAUUGGGACAUUCAAUCUAAAUGGCAGAACUGAGGGCAUCGAUGAGGAUCUUUCGCCAUGGCUUUGCCCUCCUGAACUGAGGGGUAUCCAGCCAGAGAUCAUUGCCAUUGGGUUUCAGGAGAUCGUAGAGCUCAAUCCCCAGCAGAUCAUGAACAGUGACCCAACCAGGAAACAAGCCUGGGAGCGGGCAAUCAAGCGAACGCUCGACAAGCACUACAAGCUGGAAGGAGACGAUAAGUACGUCUUGCUCCGAAGUGGUCAGCUUGUUGGCGCCGCUUUAUGCAUCUUUGUCAAAGCCUCGGUGCUGCCUCACAUCAAAAAUGUCGAGGGCAGCGUGAAGAAGACCGGAUUGUCAGGGAUGGCUGGCAACAAGGGAGCUGUGGCAAUCCGACUCGAUUAUGCCAACACACCCAUCUGCUUUGUGACAGCCCAUCUAGCUGCUGGCUUUGCAAACUAUGAUGAGCGGAACCGAGACUAUGCUACGAUCGAUCAGGGCCUCUGGUUCCAGAGGAACAGGGGGAUCCGCGACCAUGAAUCCGUCAUCUGGUUUGGCGACUUCAACUAUCGAAUUGGGCUGGAUCUCGAAACGACCAAGAACCUUGUCAAGAAGAAAAACUUGGAAUCGCUAUUUGCCAACGAUCAACUGAAUCUGCAGAUGAUCGCUGGUCUUGCCUUUCAGUAUUAUUCAGAGGCCCGCAUCAACUUCUUGCCGACAUAUAAGUACGAUAUUGGCACAGACAACUUCGAUACCUCCGAGAAAGCAAGGAUUCCUGCUUGGACGGACCGGAUCCUUCGAAAGGGGAGCAAUCUGCGUCAGUUGGUUUAUAAUUCCGCCCCUCUGCGUUUCUCCGAUCAUAGACCCGUCUAUGGCCUCUUUGAAUGCACAGUAAACAUUGUGAACGAGAAAGUCAGGGAUAAGAUCAGUCGGGAAAUCUACGAGCGACGCAAGGCCGAAGUUGGCCGUGAUACACCGAAUCUCUUAGACGAUUGGGAGGAUGAAGAUCUCAUCGGCUACGAGGCCAUAGAGCCCGGCCUUCCGGCGGCCAGCUCGGACAGGCAGAAGUGGUGGCUAGAAGGCGGCAAGAUGGCGCGGUCAGGGAUCAGCCCGCCCAAGCCCGAAAGUCCGGCUCACCAAACUAUUCUCAAUCCUAAACGACAGGCUAACCCAUAUGUGUUGUCUGACGAACCAGAUUGGGUCAGCAUUCCAAGAUCCGAGUCCCGGAUGUCCUCGUUCUCUAGCAUGUCAACAUCGCCCUUCGAAAACAUCACCCAUUCCAUGCUAUCGUCGUCCGCGUCAAGCUCAGGGCCUAGGAAGCUCCCUCCGCCAUACAACCCAUCAACUCUGCCCGCUAAGGUUGGGCGAAUGCAAAUUGUUGACGAGGCAAAAGCUUCUCAAACUGAAGGCCCGCCUCCUCCUCCUCCGCGUAGGACGACAACCAACGCAAACUUUGGUGCUGCAACCAUUGCUUCAGCUAGCUCGCCCUCUGAAUCUUCGAAGAGAAAGCCGGUACCGUCCAAAGACACCACACCAGUUGCCAGCGGUACCGGUACUCCUGCUGUAGCCAGUCCUCCCCCGAUCGCAGCGAAACCCGCGAAUCUCAAGUCCAAGCCUGCUGUUGCGCGCAAACCAGCACAUUUGGCCGCGCCAACUUCCCCGGCGAGUAGUACCUCGACGAUUGGGCCAGCCGAUACGGCAGUACAAGCGCCGCAGCCUCCUCCACGGCACUCAAUAUCUAGCUUCGGUAACGUCGGGUUUGACAGCACGCUCACACUGCUUGACUCAGACCCUACCUUUGAUAACCCCCCUCCUAAGCCGCCGCGGCGGACCAAUACAGGCGCUAGCGUCGCCAGUAUGCCGCCCUCUAUUGGCAACAAACCGGCAAUAGCAGUGACAUCAAUCACACAAUCGCACCGAGUAAUACCUCCUGCCGGUGCUCUACCUGGAGCAGGCGGAAUCCCUCCAGCGAUCGGAGCGGCGAUAGCGGCGGCAGCCCAGGAACGCCGGUUAGCGCUCCCGCAAAGGAAGCCAACAACUGGGACUUCCGGCUUCAUGGCUGGGGUUGGAGCUGGAAACAACGCUAAUGCUGAGGCUGGAACUCCGGGGGAAUUUGGUUCUAACAUCAAUCUCUCGUCACAGAAACAGGCUCCGCCACCACCCCCAAGGAGGACAACGAAUCUUGAUCUGCUGGGGGAUGAUGAUGAUGCGGGGAGCAUGAGCGGGUGGGAAGCCUUGAAGCCCAUGAGAUAA